UGUUUUUGUCUCUUUCUUUUUUCUUAAACUGUGAUCUUUGAGUGUGUUUGUUAACAGAAUUUAAUUUAAUUUAGAAUUAAUCAAAAUGUCUGCAAUUCGUGUUGUCAAUCCUAAAGCUGAGGUCGCCCGACACUCGCAAGCUUUAAACAUCAACAUCAGCGGAGCUCGAGGUCUUCAAGAUGUAAUUAGAUCCAAUUUAGGUCCACGAGGAACAAUGAAAAUGUUGAUCUCUGGUUCUGGUGAUAUUAAAAUUACCAAAGAUGGAAAUGUUCUUUUACACGAAAUGCAAAUUCAACAUCCAACCGCAUCUUUGAUUGCUAAGGCUUCUACAGCUCAAAAUGAUGAGACUGGUGAUGGAACAACAUCAACCGUUUUAAUCAUUGGUGAACUUCUCAAACAAGCCGAGCUUCAUAUUAGUGAGGGUUUACAUCCAAGGGUUAUUGCUGAUGGUUUUGAUUUGGCCAAAACUAAAGCAUUGGAGGUUUUAGAAUCGGUUAAAAUACCUUAUGCGGCUCCAGACAAAACUAAACUAAUUAGUAUUGCACAAACUGCUUUACGAACUAAGAUCAAUAACCGAAUAGCUGAUAAAUUAGCUGAUAUUUGUGUUGAGGCUGUUCUUGCCAUCCAAGCGGAGUCAAAAUCUAUUGACCUUCACAUGGUUGAAAUAAUGGAGAUGCAACAUCGAUCUGAAGAGGAAACUGCUCUCGUUCGUGGUCUAGUUAUGGACCAUGGAGCUCGUCAUCCUGAUAUGAAGAAACAUGUAACCAAUGCUUAUAUUUUAACCUGUAAUUGUUCACUUGAAUAUGAGAAAACAACAGUUACCUCUGGAUUUUUCUACAAAUCGGCUGAAGAACGAAACAAAUUAGUCGAAUCAGAAAGGAAAUUCAUUGCUGAACGUUGUCAGAAAAUUAUCGACCUUAAGAAUAAGGUUUGUACCGAUGAUGGAGGUGAAAAGAAAAACUUUGUUGUGGUUAACCAACAAGGUAUCGAUCCUGAUUCACUUGAUAUGUUAGCUCGUGAAGGUAUUGUCGCUCUUCGUCGGGCUAAACGUCGAAACAUGGAACGAUUAACCCUUGCUUGUGGUGGAAAACCAAUGAACUCUUUUGAAGAUUUAACCCCGGAAUGUCUUGGAUUUGCUGGUGUUGUUUAUGAACAAGUUAUUGGCGAGGAAAAGUACACAUUCAUUGAGGAAUUGAAAAAUCCUCGCUCGGUUACCAUUUUAAUCAAAGCAACAACCAAACACACUUUAACCCAAUUUAAAGAUGCCGUUCACGAUGGACUUAGAGCAAUCAAAAAUACCAUUGAAGAUGGUUCAUUGGUUCCCGGUGCUGGUGCUUUUGAAAUUGCUGCUUAUCAAGCUUUAAUUAACUACAAACCUGAAAUCAAAGGAAAGGCUCAACUUGGAGUCCAGGCUUUUGCCGAUGCGCUACUUAUUAUACCCAAAACAUUGGCCUCAAAUGCUGGUUUCGAUGCCCAAGAUGUUAUCGUUAAAUUGAUCCACGAAUAUAAUCGUAGCAAAAGCAUGGUUGGUAUUGACCUUAAAAGCGGUGAGGCCAUUUUCCCCGCUGACCUGGGAAUCUUUGAUAACUACCGGGUUAAAAAGCAGCUUCUCAAUUCAUGUACCUCGAUCUCUUGUAAUCUACUUCUUGUUGAUGAGAUCAUGCGAGCUGGAUUAACUUCAUUAAAAGGUGAUAAGAUUGGUCAGUAAUUACAAUCAAUUGCGUUAACAUUUUCUAACCAAAUUAUUGGUUUUUGCUAACACAUGAAAAUAAUAAACGUUUUUUUUGCUAACAAUUUAA